UCAGUCAUUCCAAAAUCACCUCUCUCCUCUGUAAUAUAGUCGUUUGUUAAUCUCUGGCUGCAACUGAUUCACUGGGCUCUCCUCUCUUCUCUAUCACAGAAAAUGGCUCUGCAGUCAGCCGCACUCUCUCCUCGCUCCGUCGGCGCAUCCACAUCGCUACCCUGCGCCGCCAAGUACCCGAUCAUUUGCUCCUCCUCUGCUUCGAGUUCGAGCUGCUUCCUUUCGCAGAGGAAGAAUGCGGCUGCGGUUGGAAUUGGAUUGAGUAAGAGGAAGAUGGGCUCCUGGGGGUGUACGGUAAGGUCGAACUUGGACACUGUCGGUCCCACUGUGAAUGUGGGCCAAGUCACGGAGGUCGACAAGGACACCUUCUGGCCCAUAGUCAAGGCCGCCGGCGACAAGACCGUCGUCCUCGACAUGUAUACCCAAUGGUGUGGACCUUGCAAAGUGAUAGCUCCAAAAUUUCAAGAAUUGUCCAAGAAGUAUCUUGAUGUCGUAUUUUUAAAGCUUGAUUGUAGCCAAGAAAAUAAGCCAUUGGCGAAGGAGCUUGGGAUAAGGGUGGUGCCAACUUUCAAGAUUUUGAAGGACAACAAGGUUGUAAAAGAGGUGAAGGGGGCCAAAUUCGACGAUUUAGUUGUUGCUAUAGACGCUGUUAGAUCGAGCUAAACCCUUUAAUUUUUCUCCGUGAGAUGUUAAUAACGUAAAGAAAAACGUCCGCCGGAGCUGAUUACUGUACUUGUAUGUAUCCAUGGGACGCUUUCUUUGCAAUUGCAGUUGAAAUUUGAAUGAAGAAAUGUAAGCAGGUCCGUAUGCCUUCAUAGAAA